AUGAGCGCCUUCCAGAACGGCGAGCGGCCCAUCCGCUCCAUGGAGGACGACAGCGACGUUGAGGAGGAAGCCCUGGUCAACGACUACAAGGAGCAGGUCCAGUACGAGGAUGGCAUGGGCGAGGAGCUGGAGCGCGUCAGCUCCCUAACCAUGGCCCAGCAGGCCGAUGAUAUUCAGUCGAGACUCGUCGCCGCUGCCCAGCCUUUGGACUUCUCUGCCCCUCUCGAGGUCAAGUUCCAGAGCUACGACUCCUACUGCAACCUCUUCCACUUCAUUUUGAACUCUGAGGGUCCCGUCGACCUGGAGCCCCCGUCCUACUACUGGGCUUGGGAUGUUAUCGAUGAGUUUAUCUACCAGUUCAACUCGUUCUCGUCGUACAGAAUGAGAUUGGCUCGCCAGCCGCGAGACAAUGAAGAGGAGCGCCAGAUUCUCAAGGAGAACCCCAACACCUGGGGAUGCUACAGUGUCUUGAACGUGCUCUACUCUCUGAUCCAGCGAUCGCAGAUUGUCGAGCAGUUGGCUGCCAUGAAGCGCAACGAGGACCCCAAGGCCGUCGCUGGAGAGUACGGUGACAAGAACCUUUAUAAGAUGCUGGGAUACUUCUCCAUCAUCGGUCUCCUACGCGUCCACUGUCUUCUGGGAGACUUCAGCCUGGCCCUCAAGACUCUUGACGACAUUGAGUUGAACAAGAAGGCCAUGUUUGCACGCGUCAUGGCUGCACACUUCACAACCUACUACUACGUGGGUUUCUCCUACAUGAUGAUGCACCGUUACGCCGAUGCCAUCCGCAUGUUCAGCCACAUUCUCGUCUACGUCUCGAGAACCAAGAAUUUCCAGAAGAACGCCCAGUACGACUCGAUCACCAAGAAGAACGACCAGAUGUACGCACUGAUUGCCAUCUGUGUUGCGUUCCACCCUACUCGUCUGGACGACACCAUCCACACUGCUCUCCGUGAGAAGUAUGGUGACCAGCUUCUCAAGCUGCAGCGCGGUGGCCCCGAAUCGCUCCCCAUCUUUGAGGAGCUGUUCAGGACUGCCUGCCCCAAGUUCAUCUCCCCCGUUCCCCCGGAUUUCGAGAACCCCGAGGCCAACGUCGACCCCGUUGAGCACCACCUGUCCAUCUUCAUGGACGAGGUCAAGACCAACAUGUGGAACCCGACCGUUCGCUCCUACCUCCGCCUGUACACGACUAUGGACCUGAAGAAGCUUGCAGGCUUCCUCGAGGUCGAGCCCGAGGAGCUUCGUUCGUACCUGUUGGUCAACAAGCAGCGAACCAAGCAGCUGCGCUGGGCAGACCAGGGUCUUCUGGAUGGUGAAUGGGUCAAUGUUAGCGAUCUCGACUAUGCCCUGCAAGGAGACCUGAUUCACAUUUCUGAGGCCAAGGUGGGACGCAAGUUGGUGGAUUGGUACCUGCGAAACCUGUCGAGGACGUACAACUGA